CAGACGGAGGCGGAAACGAUGGCCAAUUUGCGACGCAAGUAGUAAUGCCAGUCAAAAAAUAUGUAAAGGAAGCAAAAGAAGUAACAAUGUUCCGCUAGAAAUACGCAUGUCUGGCUGUAUACAUAUAGAAAGAAUGGAAACUUUUGAAAAACUAUAUUUCUUCCCAGUUCAUAAUGUAACUAUUUAUGAUCUGUAUGAUUGGGCUUGCAAAGAUAAUGAUUACCGUGGUACAGUAGUCAACAGGACAAUGGUCAAAGUGAAGAAUCAGUCAUCUCCUCGUUUAUCAAGAUCACCAAGCAGAAAAUCAUCCCUUAGAGCCGGAAGCCUAGUUAAAGUUAAUGAACAAGAUGUGGCUCUUUUCCGCUAUGGAGAUGUUGUUUAUGCCAUCUCUGAACAUUGUCCUCACGCAGGUGGACCUCUGCAUAUUGGUGACAUAGAAGAUGUUCCUGGGAAGUCUCUGUGUGUCAGAUGCCCAUACCAUGGUUGGAAAUUUGACCUCAAAACAGGGAAAUGUUGUCAUCCCAAAUCAAGAGCAGAUUUGUCGGCCAUUGUCUUUCCAGUCCGAGUUGAUCCAGAAAGCGGGGAAUUGGCAGUUGGAUUUGAGGAGUUUAGUCCAUUUUACUUCAGCAGUUCCAAUUUUUGACUCACCUUCCCAUUUUUUCAUAAAUAUACACAAUAUGUAAAGUAAGUUUGCACAUUAGUAUCUAUAGACUGGUAUACCAGUAUAUUAUAGUAUACUUGGGGAAUAGUUCCCUUAUACAUAUAAUUAUGGUUAUUCCUCACUGACUUCUAUCAAAUGAUAGUAAUUCAAUAUUUCUGCUGAUAUUCAUCAGAAGACAUUAGAAUGUGUUUACAUCUUUGCACCUGUGCAUUCAGGCAGGCAGGCAGGCAGAUAGAUAGAUAGAUAGAUAGAUAGAUAGAUAGAUAGAUAGAUAGAUAGAUAGAUAGAUAGAUAGAUAGA